UUCACCUUGUUUUUUGCUUGUCAGCAAAAUUCAAAUUGAGGGCGAAGUCAGUUUUUUAUAUGAGGUGAACUAUGUCUAAAGUAAAGGAAGAGUUGUUUUUGAUGGAAGGUUCUGUGCCUCAAGAUGCCAACUCCAAAGUUAAGACUGAAAUAUUAUCGCCAGAGGAAUCAACACCAGAAGUUAAGAUUGAAAUGUAUACACCAGGGAUUUGUGAGCCCAAUAGUGACAGCUCACAUGUGCCCAAAGUUGAGGGUGAGACAUUUGCGCCAAAUGGUUUCAUGCCCCAAGUUAUCAACUCUACACGCUCAUGUCCCUAUGCAUCAGGGAAAUUCUGUAGGGGGUGUAGUGUGUGCAAAAGGAGGAAUGCUUGUAAGAAGAGAGGAUGGGCUCGUGCUUACAGAAAUGAAAAUAAUUUUGCUUAUCCAAGUCAAAGUAAUCCUUAUGUCUGGGUGCGAAAAGAAGAUCAUGUCAGUCAGACGGCUAAAAAAGAAAUGAAAUAUGAAGAGACUACCAAUAUUGUUGUACCAGAGGGGCCCAAUUCUGAUCAUCAACCAAAUGUUUCUCAUCCUACUGACUCUGAUGAGCUGACAGCAACUGAUUUAAAAUUUGACAUUGAAGCAGUAAUCAAGAGAGAGACUUUGCCAGAAAUAGAUCCCAAAGAAACAAAACAAGAUGAUCAGACUGCAUUUUUAAAAGGACUGUGAGUAACAAUUUGCGAGAUGACCGAGCCAUCGU